UCGACCUCAGCACUUCAUAAAAAAAGGGUGUGUAUGAUGAUACAUGAACCACAAACAAUAACAGAACAGGUUUGACGGCUAAAUAAGCUUCACUAGCAUUUCCACUAGUGCUCUGCUAUUAGUCACCACUGACCAGGUCCAGGACGGAGAGGAAAGUAACUAUUCUACGAUGGCCGCAACCACGGGAAGCCUGCCAAGCGGACUGGCGAUAUGCGUGACGUUACCGGAUUUGUUGUAUCUGCCCGAACUGGUGACGGGCGGACUGGUAUGGAUCCUGGUGGCGUCCACCCACGUGGAGCCCCCAAACCCUCUGGCCUGGGUGAUGUUCGUCUCCGUCUUCUGCUUCGUCAUGACCCUCCUCUGGGUGAUCCUCUUCAUCGCCGGAUGUCACAGGAACGCCUCCGCGUGGGCCGCGGCUGAUUUUGCCUAUCACGCGAUAGCCGCUUUGUUCUACCUCAGCGCUGGAGUCGACUUAGCCUUCAUCACCUUUCUGAUGCAACCAGGAGACUUCAGACUCUACCAGAUUGACAUCGCGGCUGUGGUAUUUGCCUUCACAGCCACGCUGCUCUACUUUAUUCACGCCGUCCUGUCGUCCCUGCGGUGGAAACACUUCUGAAGCGAUAAACCUUUCAAUGAUGAUCAUUGCAAAUCUUUUGGUGUUAGUGUUUAGCAUGGCAUUUUAUAGUUAGCUUUUUUUUAAAAAUGCUUUUAUAAUCUCGAUCAAUAAAACUUAAAAAGGAAAAAAAAACAGGCUAAUCUUAAACAAGCAUCAUCACAUGGUUUUACAUGUUGUUAGUUCAACAACAUAUGUGAGAUACAGUGGGGCAAAUAAGUAUUUAGUCAACCAAUAGUUGUGCAAGUUCUCCCUCUUGAAAAUAUUAGAGAGGCCUGUAAUUGUCAACAUGGGUAAACCUCAACCAUGAGAGACUAUGUGGAAAAAAAAACAGAAAAUCACAUUGUUUGAUUUUU